AUUUCUUUUCUGUUUUCAUAUUUUAUUUUACAGAUAUACAGAACAUAAACGGCUAAGGAAUUUAUACGUUUAAUAAGUAUAAUGUAAUGUUUAUCAUAUUUUGUUCCUAACUCGGUCAGGUGUAGCUUUAUUAAAGUGAAAUAAUUGGUAAAAUGGAUAUUCGUUUCGAAAUACGCGCUUGGAGACAAAAAGAAACUAUAAAGAAGAUUAUUAAUAAAAAUGAUAAAUACAAACAUUCAUUUCAUUUGGAAUUCGUGUGGUUCUGGCUUCUGAAGCUACGUUACGUCAUAUAUCAAAACUGGAAUGACAUAUUAAGUAAAUAAUAUUUGAACGAUUGAGAUUUAAAGGAAGAAAAUGUCAGUUUUGUGAAUAUCAACGCUAUAAUGCUUUAUACAUUUAGUCGACAUUAUAUUUAUCAAUUUGACUCAUUAUUAUAAAAAAAAAAAGAAAAAAGAAAGCAUAGGAAAAAAAGCAUUUUUCUCGAACUUUUAAUUUUAGACGUUGCAAGUUUGUGUGUUGUUAACCAAAAUUAAGAUUCACCGCGCAAACGCGAAGAGACAACCGGAAAUGGAUAACACACAUCCGUUAAAAUGGAGGACAACUCCGAGGAGGAUCCUGUUUCAAGUCCUGGUUUACAUGAGGAUGACAGUAUUUCCUACGAAUCAGUCAACAGUGUGUCUUAUGGGAACAAUGAAGAUGAAGUAGUCAAUGAGGAGUUAGAUAACGCCACACUCGAUUCGCCCACUAGGUAUCUUAUGAGGGAAAGUCAUGAUUUCGAAUGUAUUCAAAACGAAAGUAUCGAACGCUUAUCAGAGUCAUCACAAAUAAAUGAUUCCGUACCGGAAGACUUUCAUCACGUUGAAAGCUUUUCUGGCAGUUCUUUCGAAUUGGUUGAAAUUGAAGAGUCUCGCCAUGUGUUUCCAGUACAAAAUAGCAUUCUUGAUGAGAUUCUCUCUUCCCAAAUAAGUGUAAAUGUCGCACAUUGCAUAGAGGAGUUGGGAGCAUCUGCGUUGCAGAAUGAAUCAUCUAAUGCUUUCCUUGAUUUCGACUCCCUUACAAAUGACAUUAUUGACGACUCUCGCGACGAGACUAUAUUACAAUACAGUGAAUCGCAAAAUCAUCAAACUACCGAUGAAACCAGCACUGCUUCUGUGGCCUCAAGUGACACACAAAAUAGAGCUGAACAUAACACACAUUUUUCCAUCGGAGCUUUACCUGUAUCGUUUUCUUCUAACGAUUCUGAUAAUGUAGCUAUUGUUCCAUCACAAAAUGCGGCCAUACAAGCAACGAAUUCCAUAGAAGAGGAGCAAAUUACGUACGCUUUUGGAGCAACAGUUCAUUUGGAUGUCGUUGACGCAUUUGACCUUCCUAUGCCAAACUUGCCGUACCCAAGCUAACAUUAAUGAAUCUUCUAUUCGAGAUGUUAUCUGCUACAUAUGACCUUACUGAAACACUACAACUACCGGGUACCUUGCAAAACCACUACAACUACCGGGUACCUUACAGAACCUCUACAACUACAGGGUGCCUUACAGAACCACUACAACUACCGGGUAUCUUAGAGAACCACUACAACUAACGUGUACCUUACAGAACAACUAUAACUACCGGAUACCUUACAUUUCCACUACAACUACCGGGUGCCUUACAAAACCACUGCAACUAAAGGGUACCUUACAAAACCACUACAACUACUGGGUACCUUACAGAUCCACUACUAAUACAGUGUGCCUUACAGAACCACUACAACUACAAAUAUAAAAAUUUCAAAUAACUUUCAGAACCUCUACAACUACAGGUUGCCUUACAAAACCACUGCAACUAAAGGGUUCCUCAGAAACCAAUAAAACUACCGGAUUCCUUACAGAACCACUACAACUUCCGGAUACCUUACAGAGCCAAUACAACUACCGGGUACCUUACAAAACCACUACAUCUACUGGGUACCUUACAGAAGCACUACAACUACCGGGCACCUUACAGAUCCAUUACAACUACCGGUUACAUUAAAAAACCACAACAACUACCGGGUACCUUUCAGAACCAAAGCAACUACCGGGUACCUUACAGAUCUAUUACAAAUACCGGGUGCCUUACCGAGCCACUACAACUACCGGAUACCUUACAGAACCACUAGACUUACCGGGAACCUUACAGAUCCACUACAACUACCGGAUGCCUUACAGAACCACUAAAACUACCGGAUAACUGAUCGAUCCAUUACAACUAUCGAGUACCUAACAAAACCACUGCAACGAACGGGAACUUUACAGAACCACUAUAACUACCGCGUACCUUACAGAACCACUACAACUACCGGGUACCUUACAAAAUCACUACAUCUACUGGGUACCUUACAGAACCCAUACAACUACAGGUUGCCAUACAAAAACACAGAAACUACCAGGCACCUUACACAACCUUUACAACUACCGGGUACCUUACAGAUCCACUACAACUACAAGGUACCUCUCAGGCCAUCUACAACUAAUGGGUUCCUUACAAAACCACUACAACUAACGGGUACCUUACAUAACAAUUACAACUACCGGGUGCCUUUCAGAACCACUACAACUACCGGGUACCUUACAGAACCAUUACAACAACCGGGUAGCUAACAUAACCACUACAACUACCGGGUACCUUACAGAACCACUAGAACUACCGGUUACCUUACAUAACCACACAAAUAAUGUGUAUCGUACGGAACAACUGCAUCUACUGGGUACCUUACAGAACCACUACAACUACAGGGUGCCUUACAGAACCACAAAAACUACCGAAUGCCUUACAGAACCACUGCAACUACCUUUUGCCUUACAAAACCACUACAACUACCGGGUAUCUUACAGAACCACUUCAACUACCAGGUACCUUACAGAACCACUACAACUAUCGGACACCUUACAGAUUCACUACAACCGCCGGGUACCUAACUGAACCACUACAAUUACCGGGUACCUUACCAAACCACUACAGCUACCGUGUACGUUACAUAUCCACUACAACUACCGGUUAAAUAACAGAACCACACAACUACCGGGUACCUUACAUAACCAUAACAACUGCCGGGUGCCAUACAGAACUACUACAACUACUGGGUGCCAUGCUGAACCACUACAACCACCUGGUACUUUGCAAAACCACUACAGCUUCCGGUUACGUUACUAAUCCAUUACAACUACUGGGUACCUAACAAAACUACUUAAACUACCGGGACCUUACAGAACAACUACCGGGUUCAUUACAGAUCCACUACAAGUUCAGGGUACCUAACAUAACAACUACAACAACCGGGUUCCUUACAGAUCCACUACAACUACCGUGUAUCUUACAGAACCACUACAGCUACCGGCUACCUUACAGAACCACUACAACUACCGGGUACCUUACAGAACCACUACAACUGCCGGGAACAAUACAGAACCACUACAACUACCGUGUACCGUACAGAACCACUACAACUACCGGGUACCUUACAGAACCACUUCAACUACCGGGUACCUUACAGAACCACUACAACUGCCGGGUACCUUACAGAACCACUACAACUACCGGGUCCAUUACAGAACCACUAACACUACCAGGUGCCUUACAGAGCCACUAAAACUACCCGGAAUAUCACUUAACCACUCCAACUACCGGGUACCAUACAGAUGCACCACAACAACCGGGUACUUUACAGUACCACUACAACUACCGGGUAUCUUAAGGAACCACUGCAACUAUCUUGUACAUUACAGAACCACUACAACUACCGGAUACCUUACAGAUCCACUACAACUACUUGGUGCCUUACAAAACCACUGCAACUAAAGGGUACCUUACAGAGCCACUACAACAACAGGGUACCUUACAAAACCACUACAACUAAACUAAAAGGUACCUUACAUAACCAUUACAACUACCGGGUGCCUUUCAGAACCACUACAACUAUCGGAUACCUUACAGAACCAUUACAACUACAGGUUUCCAUACAAAAACACUGAAACUAACGGGCACCUUACAAAACCAUGGCAACAACCGGGUGCCUUACAGAACCACGACAACUACUGGGUACCUUUCAGGCCAUCUACAACUACAGGUUUCCUUACAAAACCACUACAGCUAACGGGUACCUUACAUAAACAUUACAACAACCGGGUGCCUUUCAGAACCACUACAACUAUUGGGUACCUUACAGAACCACCACAACUACUGGGUGCCUUACAAAACCACUUAAACUACCUGUUACCUUAAAAAUACAUUACAACUACCGGGUACCUUACAGAACCGCUACAACUACCGGGUGCUGUACAAAACCAUUAAACUACCUGUUACCUUACAAAUCCAUUACAACUACCGGGUACCUUACAGAUCCACUACAACUACCGGGUUCCUUACAAAACCACUACAACAACCUGGAACCUUACAGAACUUCUACAACUCCCGGUUGGCUUACAGACAGAACCACUACAACUACCGGAUGCCUAUCAAAACCAUUACAACUACCGGGUACCUUACAGAUACACUACAACUACCGGGUACCUAACAGAACAAAUACUACUACCGGGUUCCUUACAGAACCACUUCAACAACCGGGUACCUUACAGAACUACUACAAUUCCCGGUUACUUUACAGACAGAACCACUACAAUUAUCGGGUGCCUUACAGAACAAAUACAACUACAAGGUACCUAACAAAACCACUACAACUACCGGGUACCAUACAGAUGCACAACAACAACCGGGUAGCUUACAGAACCACUACAACUACACGGUACCUUACCAUACCACUACAACUUCCGGGUACCUUACAGAACCAGUACAACUACCGGGUACCUUACUUAACCACUUCAACUACCGGGUACCGUGCAGAUCCACUACAACUACCGGGUACCUUACAGAUACACUACAACUACCGGGUACCUUAAAGAACUACUACAACUACCGGUUGCCUUACAGAACCACUACAACUUCCGGGUACCUUACAGAACCACUACAACUACCGGGUACCUUAAAAGAACGACUACAACUACCGGCUACCUCACAGAUCCACUACAACUACCGGGUACCUUACAGAACCACUACAACUACCGGUUGCCUUACAGAACCACUGCUACUACCGGAUAUGAUCAUCUAACGUUUGUAUACAGAAAUUUUAUUUUAUUUACUUAUUGCUUUAUUUUUCACAUUUGGAUGCAUUUUAAAUCGUUAAACAAAAACUUCUUCCACGGGCAUGUUAUGUAACAAUAACGGCCUAAACUUAAAGCUUGUCGGCAGUGUAUAACCAAUCCAAUAUAAUUAUUUCAGCGAAUUACAUGACGUUUUUAUUACAGUAUGUUAUUAUUUUUCCACGAAAAAACAUAAAAACAAUGUUCCCUCGAAUCGACAAAAGCCUGGAUAUUCCGUUAAUCUUUGCGAGUACGAAACGUAGGGUUUUGUUUACUAUGUGUACAACAAUAACAUUAUCGUCUACACGGAGUUGCAUGAAUCUGUAUUUAUAUGUUUGAUCGGUUUUGAAAUGUACCCAUUUCAUAGCAUUUUUUCUGUAAUCUGUUCAUACGCCAAUGGUUAUUUUUCCUGCUGAAGUUUUCUUGGUAAAUAUAAACUGUUUUAUAUAUAUAUAAGGGAGGCAAAUCGUUGCAAUCCUUAAAUAUUAUUUUCUUAUCGUGAAGCCGUCAUGACUGCACGCAUCGGAGGGAUUUAAUGUUAUACGUAGACUUAUAUCGCAAAAUUAAAAUCAACAUUUCCAAAAUUAUAAUGUGUUAUAUUUAAAAUGUAAUAUCGUUAUGUGCAGACAGAAUGUCUAACAAGAUUUUCGAAACGCGCACUUGUUAAAAGCCUGCGUGUCUUAUCGAUUGACGAAAUGUGUGACACGAUUUAACGUUCAUCAGACAAUGUCCCUGACAUGUUCUUCCUAGGUUUAUCUGAGUCUGUUAAACUGGCUUAAAUGCAGUAGAAAUUAAGCUUUAUUACAAAUCGUCUCUUCUCGUGAAUAGUGAGGACAUAUUUAACACAUUGAUCGCAAUAGUUGAGCAAAUGAAUCUUGAUUGUUAAUAUAGAACAAAUGUGUUUAAUUGUGUAUGUUCAAAAGUAAUAAUGGUGGCAUUUUGGCUCUGCCAAAAUGGUUAUACAUGCAUUCUGUUACUGAAUAUUAUUUAAAAAAAACUUGAGGGUGGAUUGCUUAUAGUUAAUUUAUUUGAAAAUAUUAAAUAGGCAUUUUUUUGUGUAUGAGUUAUGUGCAAUAUUGUGCUUGCUUUAAACAUAGGUUCUCAUUUUGAUAUUAAAAUAUCUCUCCUUAAAGUUUCUCUGUGUAAGAAUGUAUAGUAUGUGUUAUGUAUUAAGUGAUUUCUCUUUGACCAUGAACAUGAUAUUAUGUAUUGACGUGUGUUGCAAAGACAAUUCGUAGACGAGUAGAUAGUAAGUGAUAUUUUACACAAUGGCAUGUUUUGUCGUAUUCAAACGUUAUGGCAAAUACGUAUGUGUUCAUUUAUUUAUAUUAUAGUAUUUAUAUUAAAUGUUUUUAGUUUAAGGUACGUUUA